AUGGUUGGGGUUAAAGGAAAGUUCAAGGGAUGUAAUACGUGCCGGAAAAGACGAGUUGCGUGCGACAACACUCGACCGUUUUGCAAAAAGUGCACCGGCCACGGGCGGCAGUGUGAGGGUUAUCAGACGGAAACCGUCUUCAUCGUGGGUACUUUGAAAGACAAAGGACGUUGUGCCUCGCAUCCACCGCGAAAUCUCCAGACUACUACGUCUUCCUCUUCCUCUUCUUCAGGGGCUAGGAAGAAGGCAAUCGAGACAGCAGCAGCAUCAGCAGCAGCAUCAGCAGCAGCAUCAAGCUCAAAGCAAAAGGAUGCCCAGCUCGAGUUUACAGAAGUCAACCCGAUCAAGACGAGCUGGGUCGACACUAUUGACGUUGCGUCCGUAGCUGGUCUGCACCGACUACGAUUUGCAGCCAUCCAUACCAAACUCCAGAGUGUCAGGAGGGGCCAUGAGCGAUUAGGUGACUGGGAGGUCAAGUUGAGCCUUCCCAUAUCGGCGAGGGCCGAUGUCGUGCCUCCCUUCACGGAGGAUGAUUUUCAGCUGGAAGCGCAAUGCUUCGUCUCCCUCCCACGAGGGAAUUUGCGAGCAAGUCAGGGUCAAAGCUGGGUAGAGCCGGGCCCUGAAGCCUUGGGUAUAUGUUUGUUCCUUUACGAGCAAAGCGCCUCGGCAUCACAUAGCAAUAAGCCACCGUGGAAAGACCCGGCCAUUCUUGGGAGUCCGAUCCAUCGACUAGGCCCCGAGGCAUUCAAGGAGUUUCCAGCACACCACUUCUUUACUCGGAUAUACCGCCCAAACGCAAUCUUUGCUGCUCUACUCAACCACAAUCCGACUCCCAUGGCAGAUCCGGAAUGGAAAACGGUACCCUGGGAACGUUCGCCCAAGACGGCCCUCGAUACCCUCCUCGACAUUAUUUCCCAGCUUCCGGCGCUACUGUCGCGAACUGAUCGAGUCUUGUCAUUGCAUCCAGGCGUAUUCCGCGACCUCAAAGCAAAGGAUAUUGCCUCAGUCUGCGCAAACGUUGAGAGCCAGUUCGAGGCCUGGUAUGCUGAGAUGGAACUAGCGGCAUCGAAGAAUAUUAACUGCCCUCUUCUAUAUUGGCCAUGGGGGGUUGGCAACGGUGUGAAUCAUGGAACAGGCCAGUGGGAGCAAGGACAGGCCCCUUUUGAGGUUACAUAUGAGUUUCCAAGCUCAGAAGGUGGCCUUGCCCACAUAUAUUACUGGACGGGGUUGAUUGUUCUGUACGGAAUGAUGGCACGGCUUGUGAACCUCACGCAUUCGGAGAAUAUCGCUGCUGGUACUGCAACCAACAGCAGUGUUGCAAGCCAUCAAUCACCAACCGGUCCAUUUCCGCUGGAUGACACGAGGGUGUGUGUACUGUCUCAGGGGCCCAUAGCACCCACGACCGUGUAUCUACAACCUCAUGCACCCGGACAUGUCUAUGGAUCAUCGCCCACUGCUGCAGCAACGCUCGACUAUGGCACCAUACACGAGGAAGAUCUGAACACCCCGACUCGACAGCAAACUCCAGCAUAUCACCUGCCUUACUAUGCACAACAACAGCAACAGCAGCAACAGCAGCAGCAGCCACCAACUAGUCCCUACCCAGUGUCAUCCAUUAGCGCCCAGAGCAGUCCCUCGGGCCGCACCAGCGGCGACGAACUGGCAGCUUCAGCAACACCGCUCUUCAACCGCAACAAGUACGGACAGCGCGAGAUUCGCAAGCUGGCUGCCAACGUGUGCCGCAGCCUCGAUUGGGCCAUUGGCAGGCCCUACGAGGACGGCGGCGUGGGCCCCCUGGGCCAACCCGACCUCGUGGCCGCGCCACUGUACAUUGUCGAGAGGUUCUACGAUGGCAUUGGUGCUGCCGCUGCUGGUGAUGGCGCCCUGGAGAGGUUAUGGUGUGCCGGCUUUAGGGAGCGAUGGGAGCAGAGAGGCCGUCAGAUUGAGGCGAGGAUAUUGGGAACAGAUCACGGAGAUGUUAGUAGAGGACAACCGAGAGGGGAAGGAGACUCGAGUUCUGGAGCUGGGUCUGGUGGCAUCAGGGUAGAAGCACGAUCUUGGAUUGAAUUGAGUAAGUUUGGGGCAUGA